AUGAGUCGUAAACGAUUAGUCAUAUGCUGCGACGGAACAUGGCUCGACUCAACCUCGGGGCUGAUGCAAGGUCAACUGCCGAUACCCAGCAAUGUCACACGUAUAUCGCAAGCUAUUAAACCUGUAAGCCGAGAUGGCAUAUCUCAAGUGGUCUAUUAUCAAGCUGGAAUCGGGUCACAAGGCGGUAUUUUGACCCGCGUUGUGGGCGGAGCCACCGCGGAAGGCCUGUCAGAGAAUAUAAGGGCAGCCUACUCUUUUCUGGCAAACAACUACCAGCCGGGAGAUGAGAUCUUCUUCUUUGGCUUUUCUCGCGGAGCUUUUACUGUGAGAAGCAUUGCUGGAAUGAUUGAUGGUGUGGGUCUUCUUACGAAAGACGGCUUGCCCUUUUUGGCCGAGAUCUUUAAAGACUGGGAAAAUGCCAGGAAUCCAAAUUACCGGGCCAAGAAUCCUGACAAACCCUUCUUGGACAAGCCAUCAGCAUCUGACCCUAAGUACAAGAAAUCAUUGGUCAAGAAUCGACUUUCAAGGCUGGACAUUCCGAUUCAGGUCGUUGCGGUUUGGGAUACAGUAGGCAGUCUUGGUAUUCCCCGCGUUGGGUGGUUAGAUUUCCUGCACUUACGGCGAUCGACUAAAGAGUAUCUCUUCUACGACACGAAGCUGAACGAUCACAUCAUCAAUGCUUUCCAGGCUCUUGCAUUAGACGAGCACAGGUCUGCUUUCCGGCCAGCUGUGUGGGAGAAGCCAUCUGGGAAUCAAACAAAUCUUCGCCAAGUAUGGUUCCCAGGUGCUCACUCUAAUGUUGGCGGGGGAAGUUACCCGGAUAUUGGUUUGGCAAACAUCACUCUGGCAUGGAUGAUGAGCCAGGUGGAACAGAUGUUGGACUUUGACGAAGACUAUAUUCUCGAGCAACACGAUCUGGCACUCGAUCAUUACGAGGAGACAGAUCAAAAGGCUCGACCGUGGUCUUUUGGUAAGAUAUAUAGAUCUUUCACAGGGAUCUAUGUCUUAGGAGGCAGGGCUUCAAGGACGCCAGGAGGCUAUACUGCAGUGGAUCCGUAUACAACUAAAGAUACAUCGACGCCACUUGCCGAUACAAAUGAAUAUAUUCAUCCAUCAACUCGUGUGAGAAAAGCACGCCGGGGGCCAGGAGUCAUGGACAUGGGCUCAUACGAUGCCCAUCCACUCGAUGAUUACAAGAUGAAAGCGCCCAACGCAGAUAGGAGAAAUGCUGUCUGGGAACCUCGGUCGCGUCGCAGUGGCUUGCAUACAUUACCCGAAAGCCCUCUAUGGGGUUUGGAGCGUGAACUACUGCAAGAAGAUCCUCGAAUAAAUGACUACCUUAUGGGUAAUUCUCGCCACUCACAACAGAUACAAGGCCGUGGGAAUUCGAUCUCACCCACACAUGGAAGAUCAUGA